AUGGUUUUCGAUACAAAUUAUAAGGUCGCGACCAACGUUCCCUACACCGAGGAGGAGAUAAUGAAAGUCUUCAAAAGUCAUGACAAGAAUGGAGAUGGUCAACUUUCCAAAGAGGAGCUGAAAGAAGCCUUCAAAGAACUUGGCUCGAAAUCUCCUCCUUUAAGAGCUUGGUUUGCUAAAAAUUAUGCAGAUGACAACCGCGAUGGCUUCAUUUCUAUAGACAAGGAGCUCAGCAAGCUCGUCAAGAUAACUAGUUCUCAACAAGCUCGUUGA